AUGUCAGAAAUCCUCUUUUGUAAAGGGAAAGUGUUUGUGAACACAUUUUCUAAUAAAGCAGAUGGUAUUCCGGGAUUCUUAUUGAUUACAAAAGAAUUGCAAACGACACAACUGCAAGAUUGCAAGCUAUCAUGGAUUGCAGAAAGGGAUUUGGAACAAGACUACGCGAAAACGCUUGGUAAUAUAGAAACGAAGUUAAUUGAUUUACCAUCCGUAAGAUCACCAAAUAAUAUCAACAUUGAUUUCAUGUACUCAACAUGUUCAUUCAAUGUGGCACUUUCUGAGAUCUACUCAAUUCAGUUCAAGCCUCCUCAUCCAAACAAACUUUGGUGGGGGUCUUGCAUUAUCCAUUGUAAAGGUGGGAUUAAUACUGACGUACCAGUAUUGUCGUUCCAUGAUGAUAUAUGCUCUUCCACAAUCGCUAAACAAAAAAAAUUGAAUCAGAACUUUGAUCCCUUCUCAAAUGAAGGGGAGGUUUAUUGGGGAGGCGACGAUUUACGUACCUGCCUACAAUCGCUAGUGGACUUACAGAAAGUCGAUUCAUUCAGUUAUAUAUACUUGGUUAAUGCAUCACUGGAAGAUUUACGCAAUUUCUCAUUAAACGGAUUCAAGAAUGUCAAGUCACAGCAAUCUUCUUCCGUAAAAGGAAAAUCAGUAUGGGAUACUUUAGAGACCAACAGAUGGACUAUAAUGUCAAAAUUUGCCGAUGCUACAACGUCUGCCUCGAACCUUUUCACUAACUUGGUUAAAAGGCACCCGAUAGUAAAAAUCAUUGACAAAAACCAGGAUAACAUUUACGUCAAACAGUUAAUGAAAAACACAAGGGUGAAAGAAGUGCAAGAUGAAUUUGACAGUGCAAGAAUUUAUUUGGCAAAAUGGGCAAUGGGUGUAAGACAAGAAGCUGAAAGAUAUCAAAAAGAACAUCAUUUAGAUGAUAUUUACAAGCAAAUUCUUAAGAAUGAGUUAGGAAUAUCAAAUGAUGUCGAAAUAACUCCAGAAGAAUUAAACAUGGCAGUCCAAAGGUCGUUCUCUUUGACCAAACAGAAGUGGGAUUCUUUGUUUGACUCUCAAGGAAGGUUGUCCAUAACUGUUCACGAAGUAAAAGAUUUUAUAUUUCAUGGAGGCAUAGCAGAUGACGAAUUACGUAAAGAAGUCUGGCUAUUCCUACUCGGAGUGUAUCCGUGGGAUUCAUCAUCGGAGGAAAGGCAAGUGCUUAAACAGGCAUUAGAGGAAGAUUACUAUGCUAACUACAAAUCAAAGUGGAUUCAUAGAGAACCGUUAUUGAAUGACCCACAGGAAGAGGAAUAUUGGAAUGAUCAAGUGUUUAGAAUAUCGAAAGAUGUAAGGAGAAAUGAUCGUGACCAUCCUCUUUACAAAUACAAUACUUUUGAUGCGUUGCCUGCAAAUGAAGAAACUGAAGAAAACAAUGAUAACGAAGAAGGAUGGGAGAUUAAAAAUCCUCAUCUUCUCGCAUUGAAAAACAUACUCAUUAGUUACAACAUCUACAAUACGAACCUAGGUUACGUUCAAGGUAUGACUGAUCUACUUUCCCCAAUUUAUUCGGUAAUACAAGAUGAAUCACUGUCCUUUUGGUGUUUCGUACAUUUUAUGAUUAGAAUGGAGAGGAAUUUUUUGAGGGAUCAGUCUGGCAUUAGAGAUCAAAUGCUCACCCUAGUGGACCUUUGUCAAUUUAUGUUACCUAAGUUCACCAAACAUUUAAAAAAAUGCGAGUCUUCAGACUUAUUCUUUUGUUUCAGAAUGCUUAUUGUAUGGUUUAAAAGAGAAUUUGAAUUUCAAGACGUUUGUAGUAUCUGGGAAAUAUUCUGGACAGACUUUUACAGUUCGCAGUUUCAAUUAUUCUUCAUGUUAGCCAUAUUACAAAAACAUAGUGAUGUUGUUAUGGGUCAACUAACAGAGUUUGAUGACGUUUUGAAAUAUUUCAAUGACUUGAGAAAUACUAUGGAUUGGUCGGAUAUUAUGACUCGAAGUGAGCUCCUUUUCAUUAAAUUCCAGAAGAUGAUAGAUGUGCUUGAGAGAGAGGAAGAAUUGAUCAAGAAAUCUACUACGACCAGUGGUUUCCAAGUACACGAACCUCUGGAAGAAAAGGAAGAUCGUGAUAAUGAUUUACAAGAUCCACCUCUCCAUCAUCCUAGACUCAUAAGCGAUAAUUUAAAAAAGUUACUAUCAAAAUCACUAGUUAUUCAGAAGGAGUCUACCAGAAAUAAAGAUUCAGUAAAAUAG